AUGAAUCUUCAUCAACAACAACGUCAACAAGUCAUCAGUCGUACAAGAAAAGAUCGUAUCAAACGUCGUGCUCCCGAAUAUAUCGCUGGUGUUUUAGCUUCGGCAACUAAUACUCUUCUUACAUAUCCUCUUAAUAAGCUAAUAUUUCGUCAACAAAUUCAUGGUUUAACAUCUACUGAUGCCUAUCAACAAUUGAAACGUGAAGGUUUCAUUAUAUUAUACAGAGGUUUAUCUUUACCAUUGAUUCAAAAGACCAUGUCGUUGGGAAUCAUGUUUGGUACCAAUAAUCAUUACUUACGUAUUAUGCAAACUUGGUCAAGUGAAGAGCAUUGGUAUCAUCAACCGAUUGCAAGUCUAUUGGCAGGUGCUACUGAAGCUAUUUUAUGUCCACUCGAACGUACACAAGUUUUACUACAAACACCAAAAUAUAACAAAUCACUUUCAUCAGCCACUCAUGCAUUCGCUGAAAUGUAUAAAUUUAAUGGUAUUCGAGAGUUUUAUCGUGGAUUUAGUUUGAUUGUAUUGCGGAAUAGUACGAGUAAUGCUGCUUUUUUUGCUUUUCGGACACCAUUAAAAAAUAAACUACCUAAAACAAAUUCAAAAUGGAAAAAUUCAUUGUAUGAUUUUAUUAGUGGCGGUUUACUAGGUGCAGUAUUGAGUACAUUGACGUAUCCAAUUAAUGUCAUCAAAAAUAAUAUUCAAUCCGAAUUGGGUGGAAGAAAAAUUUACGCGUAUGAAAUGUUACGUUCAGUAUAUGAUGAAAGAGGACAAUCGGUUAAGGAAUUCUAUAGAGGUGCUAAAUGGAAUUUUACAGAGAAUUUAAUUCGUAAAAGAGCUGAACAUAAUGAAGGUGAAUUGUUUUCAUUGGAAGAAGUAUCUUUACAUCAACAGGACAUCGAAAAAAUUGAGUUUCUUGAUAAAUGGUGUCGAGAAUUAAAAAUUCUAUAUCUUCAAAGCAAUUUAAUUCCAAAAAUUGAAAAUGUUAACCGUCUAAAAAAACUUGAAUAUUUAAACUUAGCAUUGAAUAAUAUCGAAGUAAUCGAAAACUUAGAAGGAUGUGAAUCAUUGAAUAAACUUGAUUUAACUGUGAACUUUAUUGGUUUAUUAACAAGUGUAGAAAAUUUGCGAGAUAAUAACAACUUGAAAGAAUUUUUGGAUGGAGUUGAAAUUACGAAAACAGAACGAAUAUUGGCUUUACAGAAUUAUGAUAAAAUAUCGAAACGUAUUCUUGAACGAGAGAAAGAAUUUCAAUUACAGAGAGAAAAACAAAAGGCUGAAUAUAAAAAAGUGUCAGAACAAAAAUUGUCAGAAAACUCAGAUGAUCAAGAUUUUUGGAAUCGACAUACAGAAUAUACGCCCGAAUCUCGAAUUGAAUCACAUGAAAAACUGAAAAAAAAUCGUGACCACAAUGAUAAAGAGAAAAAAACUGAAACAAAACAACCACGUCAAUAUAUCGGCGAAGAUGGACGUAUUUUAAAUUGUAAUGAACCUAAAGUGGAUUUUAAAAUGUUAGAUGAUGAUGAUGAUUGUAUUAUGCUCGAUGUAUCAGUUUAUCGUCAUAUGGACACAUCAUUGAUCGAUGUUGAUGUCCAACCGAAUUAUGUUCGAGUGACAAUUAAAGGAAAGGUUUUGCAACUGGCAUUGCCCGAAGAAGUAAAUGCAUCAUUAGCCGACGCCAAACGUUCUCAAACAACUGGUCAUCUUAUGAUUAAAAUGCCUAAAACGAAUAAAUCUUCAUCUUCAACGUUACCAACAAUAACAAAAAUAACUCAAUCAAAUAGAUUAGCCGACAAAGAAGAAAAAUCAAAUGAAAAAAUCAGCAAUAAUAAUUAUUUGGAGAUUGGAACAAAAAAAGUCGAUUAUAGCCAAAUUGUAGCACAAAAUAAUCUUAAACGAACGAAUCGUGUUCAACAAAAGAAAACAGGAAAUAUAGAUAGAGAAAAUUCAACAGACUUCAUUGAUGAUCCCGAUGUACCACCUUUGGUGUAA